AUGGAUUGUUCUCUUUGCACAACAAACCAUUUAGCAUUCCUUUUAGAGAGAGAGAGAGAGAGAGAGAGAGAGAGAGCAGCAUAUUCUAUUUUCCUACGGCAUUUCUCGAUACAAGGAGUUCAGUUUUGGAAACAUGCGACCCUUUGCAGAAGCUUUCAUGUCAUUGAAAGCCUUUUUACCAACUCCAAGACAAGCUUUCUUCAACAACCAGCUAAUUACUCACAAGGCAGCCCAUUUCCAUUGCUACUUAAGUGUACUUCUUCUUCUUCAGCUACAUCACAAGCGGUAGCUGCUGCUUACAAUGAAUUUUCAACAUCUUAUAAUGGCAGACCUUUGUUAUCAUUGUUCUACAAAAGCCAUGGACAGGAGCUAUUUCAACCCAAUAUAUUUAGGUCUACUGCCCCCAUCAAGUUCUUAACAACCAUGGGUGAUGCCGCAGAACCUGUUACACAGGACUCUUCUUCAGUUAGCCCUGAGACAGCUCGGCCCAUCAAAUUCAAAAGGCCUGAUAAAAUAGCCAGGCACAUAAUGCAAAUUUUGGAUAAGGAAGCAGUGGAGGCAGUAAAGGAAAAUAGAGAGAUCCCUGACAUAAAGCUCAGUUAUACUGUCCAGCUUAUAGUGGAAGUGCCCGAGAACAAGCGUCAAGUUUCGAUUCUGAAAGGCAUUAUUAUAACAAGGCGCAAUGCUAGUCUCAAUACAACAUUUAGAUUACGGAGGCUAGUAGUGGUGUUGGAGUGGAAUCUGUUUUCCCUUUAUACUCUCCCAACAUAAAGGAAUUUAAAGUGAUGGACAAGAAGGAAGUCAGGAAGGCAAAGUUGUAUUACCUUAGGGACAGAAUGAAUGCUCUCGGGAAAUAAGAGCUAUACAAGUGAGACUCUCCCCCUGAUUUUUCUUCCCAAUGGAUUUGAUUGAAUCAAUUUAUGUAUUUUAUUCGAAUGCAUCAGCUGAUGCUUUUGCACACAAGAUGUCUGGGGAAAUGGUACCUGGAUCCACAGAUACCUAACAUACGGUUUCAUCGAAUUGGGUCUAGAUUUUGGGUCUGAUUAAGAAUCUAGAUCCUACUCAGUUGGAUCGGAUUCCUAUCAAUUUUGGGUAAUAAAAGUCUCUAAAUCUGUUCACAGAUGUUGGUUCUGAUCUAAUCAGGUCUAUAUGUGGGUGCAAUGCUUCAAAUUUUAUUAGAAAUAUGGUCAGAUACCUAAAUCCACCAUAUACAUGCGUACGCAUUUUAUUUUUAUUUUUAAU